AUGGCCGAAUUGAUUUCCAUCCACGGAUGGGGCUAUCCGGCCCUCCGAACCUCCUCCACUUCUACCGACCCCGUGCAGAAACUACGCACAAACUCCGCGGAUGUCAGAUCUAUUUCUCCAAACAGGAAAAUCCCCAAGUCCAAGUCAACAAAUGCGCUGGCGGAUAUAAUAGCGGCAUCCGGCGUUCACGGAGUUUCCCGUGCUGCUCUUGAAGGACCCUCCGAACAUUCCCUUUCUACCCUGCGCGACCCUCGAGUUGGCAGCACGUCAGAUUUAUCGACUUCGGCUUCGUCACCACACCACCCAGAUUUGAGCAGUGAGGUCGCAAAUCUCAGCGACAAGCUCAUCCAAGCCCUUAACAGCCAGACUAUCUUAGAUGAUACUCUGGCAGCCACACGCCAGGAGUUGGAACAAGCGCUCAUAAGGAUUGGACAACUGGAGGAACAAACCCGUCAAUAUGAGGCAGAUAUCACUAAUGGGGUCCUAAUGAGGAGAGUGGAUGUGGAAACCGAGUGGGCGAAGCUGAAGGAUGAAGCUGCUGAACAAAGAACUCAGCGUGCAACUAUUGAAAAGGAAAAAAAGGCAAUUGAACUGGAGCUCGAAAAUCUAACAGCAGCGUUGUUUGAGGAAGCUAAUAAGAUGGUAGCCGCCGCACAAUUAGAACGAGAGAUUGUUGAGCGGCGAAAUGAACAGCUUCGAGCGCAAAUUAAAGAUAACGAAAUACUUCUUGCCUCUCAGCAGGAGCAACUGAGCGAGUUGAAGGUCGUCAUACAGAAUAUGAAUACUGAUCAGGACGAGAUUCGCAGUCGAACGGAUGCUUCCACUACACCUUCUUCUCCAGGCACAACACAUCAACAUGUUAGUACCAUAGAUCGCCUUUUGGAGGCGAUGAACCUCACACCUACCGCCCCUGGCUCGGGUGAAAUAUGCCCAGCCCCCUCAACAAGUUACUCACACUUAAUGAAACCGGUCUGUCGAACCGAUAUCCAAUCUUUCGAGGAUUUCCGUGCGAUGAUCCAUCUAGCUAGAAGCUCUAAGCCGUCAAGUAGAAUUGGGAGUGGAUCAUAUGGAGGAUUGAAUGUUAUGGGAUUCGGCAAUUUCACAGGCAAUAAGGAAAGCGAACACAAACACUCGUAUUCCAAUGGUUCGGCAAUGUCUCUCCCGGGCUUUCCCGGUUCUCCUAACAGUAAUUCGCCGCCUCGAGAAUCGCACGCAGCUGUUUUAAAGGAAAGCCGAUUCUACAAAAGAGCACUUGCCGAGGAUAUUGAACCCACGCUCAGGCUAGAUGCUGCACCCGGAAUAUCGUGGUUAACCCGUCGUACGGUUCUGAGUAGCAUAUGUGAAGGAGCUCUUGUCGUUGAAUAUAUACCUGCUGUUGCUGCGAAAUACUCAUUCCCAUGUGCGCUCUGCGGUGAAGCGAGAAAAGGAGGGGAGAAUGCACGAACUCAUCGUUUCCGUACCUCAGACAACGAAAAUGCUCAACGCUACCCGAUGUGUACGAUAUGCUUGGAAAGGCUCAGAUCUUGCUGCGAUUUCGUUGGGUAUCUACGACUCAUCGUGGACGGCCACGUUCGCAUUUUGGAUGAAGAGGACGAAAAGGAAGCAUGGGAGGAGACUAUCCGCCUCCGAGAACGAAUGUUCUGGGCUCGGAUAGGGGGAGGAGUCGUUCCUGCUUUCCUUCAGUCGAAAUGCCCCGAGAAGGAUAGUUCUGCUCCCAGUAUUGAUACGGCUUACCAAAAGUGCGAAGAUAAAACGGUGUCUGUGGAAGAUCCCUUUGCGCCUGAUCUAAACGCAGUCGCAAAUUGUACCUCUCAAGUGAGAAUGAAUGCAUUUCAAGCCCGAGAGUCCGACGGACCUGAUGGGAUUAACAACCCCGACUCCGGAAUUGGAAUUGGUUUAACAAACUUCCCAACUAAUGCUAAUGAAAAUGAACUUCCUGUUCAAAGGCUUUCUUUGAGCAAACCAACAGCCAAGGCUAACAUUGACACGAAAAUUUUCCAACUACACGAAUCGGAUUCUUCCAGGCCAAUGGCACCAUCGAACAAUAGUGCUGGAUUGGAUCCGCAAUUAAAAGUUACGAUGCCUAACAAAACAGAGCUCUGAGCGUGUACUCGCCUCUGCUAUCAAACCUAAAGAGAGAAUGUACUGAAUUGGAACCGAACUCGCUAUCAAUUUUUUUUCCUGCGCUGUCCUUUGACUAUACCCAUUUAAUAGUAGCUGGCUGGAGCCGUUUCUUCGAUUCUUCGAGCGCAGGGCGCUGUAUCGUUACUUGCACAUAUAAUAUAUAUACUGGUCACACUCAGCUUUUUUGUCGCGCCAGCACACGAUUGCCUCUUUUCUUACUCCCGCAUGCAGAGGUUUUGUUGUCACCUCUGACUGGCUGGCUAAAUGGCAUCUCUAAUCCUUUCCUUGGCGAUUUUCGAUUUCCCCGUUCCUAUCCUACCAGUACUUCUCCUGCGUCCCGUUUCAAUCUCAAGUUUUCCGCGAAAAUAUGAUAGAAGCCAGUAUGCGCCAUUUUCAACCAUAUCAGUCUGCUCC